GCUUCCGAUUCUGUAUAGCCAGUGAUGUUUAUGCCGUACUACCCAUAACCUCAUCUAUUGUUGAGUAGAUUUAUUAGAAACGGUAAAGUAAUUUGGACAUCUAUCAUGUCCGACUUUGACUCAAACCCAUUUGCUGAUCCACGUCAGUCAAAUCCGUUUUCGGACCCAUCUGUUCAGCAAGCUGCUGGGGGUGGUCACAGGCAGGGAGCUUUAGAUGACUUCAACCCCUUUGCUGAUGGAAAUCAAACUCGUCCUGCAAAUCAAGGUGUUCCACCACCUCGAUCAGCACAAACACAGCCAGCAAUAAUGACUCCCUCUGAAGAUCCUCCCCCAUAUUCGCAAGUAGGUGCUCAGAAAGUUGAUACAAGCGAACUGCAGAAGAGACAAGAGUCAGAGUAUGUCAUGGAUGUAGAUACAAGUGUCCACAACGAUAUAGGAGAGGAGCUUGAAAGAAAAGCUGCUGAAUUACAGAGAAAAGAGCAAGAGUUAAAAAAUGCUAAUUUUUCAGGAAAGAGGGAAAACAACUGGCCCCCAUUGCCCAAAUUUUUCCCUGUAGGUCCAUGCUUUUAUCAAGAUUUUAAUGUAGAUAUACCCUUAGAAUUUCAAAGGAUUGUCAAAAUAGCAUAUUAUCUUUGGUGGUUUCACGUGUUUGUACUGUUCCUGAAUAUUUUAGGAAGCAUGGCAUACUUUAUUACUGACAGUAGUAGUGGUGGAGCAACAUUUGGUCUGUCCAUUCUCUGGUUUAUUUUGUUUACACCUUGCUCAUUUGUGUGCUGGUAUCGGCCACUUUACAAGGCAUUUAGGAGUGACAGCUCAUUCAAUUUCUUUGUGUUUUUCUUCAUAUUUUUCUUCCAAUUUUGUGUUUAUGUGGUCCAGUGUUUGGGCAUUACUAAUUUUACAGUCGGAAUCAUUUCUGGUCUGACAAUAGUGGGAAAAAACAUAGCUGUCGGACUUAUCAUGAUUUUUAUUGGCAUUUUUUUUGCCAUUUUGGCAGUGAUGGCAUUUGCUAUCCUAAUCAAGGUGCACCGCAUCUACAGAAGUACAGGGGCUAGUUUUCAGAAAGCUCAGGCUGAGUUUGCCUCUGGUGUGAUGAGGAAUGAAGCAGUUCGGGGUGUUGCUGCUGAUGCUGCUGCCGGAGCAGCCAGAAGUGCAGUGUCAGGUUAUGGCAGUGAAAACCGGUAUUAAACCAAUCUGGGACUAGCGUCAAACUAGGGCUGAAUUUGUCACCUUUUUUAUUUCUUUUUAGAAAAAACAUCUAUGUAGUAUUGUAGAUAACUCAUAAAUUAAGUUGUGGAAAUAUUACCAAUUUAUAUUUAAUAAAGUCAAAAUUCUUAUAACAUUUUUCAAACCUAGAAAUAUGACGCUUUUAUUUUUUACAUCAUUUCUUUUGUCAUGUAUUUCUACAUAUCUUAACAUCCAUUAAAUGAAUCUGAUUUAUCAUGAAAAUUAAAAGAAAAGUAACUUGUUAUAAAUUAAUGGCUUCACCAUUAAGGUUUAUGCACUCUUUAUAUUAGUAAUUAAGUUAUUGUUUCAACAUUCCAUAUAAUUAGAAAUUUUUGAUUUCGAAAGGUACAGCUAGAAGUAAAAUCAUCUGACAAAAAUUAUCCAACAUUAUAUUGUUUGAUAAUUUAUAAUCAUUCUUAUAGCAUACCAAAUUUUUAUUUUUAUAAGAUUUGUUUUCAUUUAAAAGUAAAUGGUCCUGAAUGAACUCAACAUUUAAUGAGGAAACAAAAAUAAAUAUAAUGUAAAAUCUUUUGCAUUUUGUAAUUUUUUUUUGGUCUAUUUCCAUUCUGCACUAGUUCUUUAUAUUACUUAGAAAAAUCAGUCCUAGUUGCAGCAGGUGUAAUGUCUUGUGUGAUAUUAAUGUGGUCUUGUCACUUCCUACUUUAUGUUCAAAGCUUUUAAUGCAUACAUUUUUUUAAAUUAGCUCUUAGCCAAAGAAACAUAGCAACUACUUUCUUUAAGAACUUUUUCAGCAAAUGGAUACACCAUUCAUUGAACUUAAAGAUAAUUAUUCAUAAAUCUCAUCUUAAUUAUUUAUUAAUCUCAGCAAUUUUAAAAUUUUUUUUUGCAAAUAACUUAGUGAUUGAAAUUCCGUCACAUGUUUAACUCACUACAAUAAACAUGAUAGGUUUAAUACAUAUUUUAAUUAAUUGUAUAGUGUAUUAUAAAUCAAAAUGAGAUGUUAUAUCUUGAUAUUUUAAACUUUUAUAUGCAUAGAGUUUAAAAAGUUGCAAUGAAAAUUACUUUACUGGAUGAUGAAAAAGAACUAAUUUUGUUCUAUUUCCUGUAGGUUCUAUGAUUACUUAACCUGCAUAUUAUACGUUUUAGACUAUAAGAAUAAUAAUUGAUCAUGCUGAGUAAAAAUUUAUUGCUAACUACUUAUAUUAGUGUAUUAAUUCGGUAUAAGUUUGGGUGGGUUUUUUUUUUGUUUUUGCCAUAUCUCAUAGUAUUUUUCAUAGUCCUUCAUGUGAUUUUGUUUUAUAACUCCUAUAAAUUGUACAGUAUUUAAAUUAUGAAAUAUAUAAUACUUCUUAUGCAUUUGUGACUAAAUUAUGCUUUUAUUUGUGUUCAUUAGAGUUUAGAUUAGCUAACCUGUUUCAUUUCAGCUGAAAUCCUGUUCACUACUUAUUGGAUACUACAGAUUUAGUUUACCUAAUAAUGCUUCAUAAAGAGACAAAAGUAUUGAAAAUAACUUGGAAAUUCAAACAUUUUGGAACACUAAUUCAAUUGGAAAACAGUAUUUUAUUUUUAUUUAUUGUGGACAAAUCUGUAAUAGCUGUUAUGUACAUCAGAUAUGUACAUCAGAUGUAGAUAUUACUUAUAAUUAACACCUAAAUAAUAUAUUUCAACUUUAUGUUUUUGAACAACAUACAAGAAAUUAUUUGAAUUCAUGUGCAUACUUUAAUUAAGUAAAAAAAAAAUCAAGUAUUAACCUUUUUCUUUAGAUUUACAGUGCAUUUUUUUACUAUGUUAUUCUCUACAUGCAAAAAUUACAUUUAAUACCACACAUUUCUAAAUUAUUGUUACAGCUUUUUAAAGGUGGGUUUAAUCAGAAUUUUGUUAAUAUUUUUCAUUUUGAACAUGUUUAGAAUUAAGGUUCCAAAAUAAAUAUACUAAAGGAAUUACAUAAAGUCAGUUAUGCCAUCAACUGGGAAUUUGUAAUAUAUUUGAUAAACUUUAACAUGUUUGUUGAUAGUUUUAAUCUUUAAAACACCAAAAGUAAAAUUUUUGUAUACUAUUAUUAUUAAAAGUGAUAAGAUUUACACACAUUCAUAUUAUAGACCUUCAAACCAGCUUGCUUCUUUUAACAUUACCUGUGUUAAUAAAAAGUUGCAUCUUCAUUUUGAAUAAUGUUUGCUGAUUUCCCAAUUAAUUCCCCAGGUUAGCUUGUUUGAGACUACUGAAAUUAUUAAGUUUAAUUUAAAAGAAAAAGCUACUUUUUUUUCCAUUGUAUGAAUUAUAAAAAAAUAUACUUCGCUGGGUCAUGCUGAUUUGUUGUAGUUUGGAGAAAAUUAGGUAUUUAUGUGUGGGAAAACAGUAAGAUUUUUUUGUAAAUAGGUGUAUUAUGGGACCAUUGCACAGUUACAUCAUUUUACACAUUAUAUAAACAUUUUUUUGUUUCAACAAAAAUUUUUACAUUUUUAAAACUGUAUGUAGUUACAUGGUUGUAAAUGAGGCUUAAUACUAUGUUUAUCACUUUCUUUAAAGAUUUGAUUUGGUCUGAUCUUUUUUUAAAUUUUAAAAAUUAUACUAUUCUAAUAAACAUGUAGCUUUCUUUGGAGGGAGAUGUAGUUUUAAAUUUAAUGAAGUGUAUUAACAAUGACUGCACAUUAGAAUUUUUGAUCAUUAAAAUUUUGUUUUUUCGCAUUUUUGUCAUGUAUGUUGGUAGUCUUGUUUUUAACAAUCAUUCACUUAGUGAUAGUCUUUAUUGAUUAACUGUGGAUUAAUCUGUGUAAAAUAAUUUGAGUGUCUGUUUAUUCUGCAUGUUAAAAACGAAACUAAAAAAAAAUUAUUGUAUAUGGUAAAAUCUGUUGUACAGUUUAGUUUUAAAAACCAUCUUAUCUGUCUUGUUUUUGUUGCCAAGUGGUGAUUGGUCCACUGUACAUGGGCUCAUGUUUAUUUUUGUGCUUGGUUUCAAAGUGAAGUCAACUAUUUCUUUGGAUCAAUAAAUGCCCCAUUUAAAAGCUG